UCUGAGAUGUCAUCUAGACCUGCUCAACACCAGAUCAGGAAUGCAGGAUUACAACACCUGUGACAGCCAUCUCUACUUAAACACCUACAAGAAGUCACCACAUAGGCGUAGCCAAGGAGAGGCAGCUGCUACCCCUAAAUCAAGUAAAUACAAAUACUUAACUGACCAAUCACAUCACAGCUAGCUUGGUUCUGCCCCAUAACAUAAAUCCUUCCCCCCCACAAUAAAUCCUGGCUAUGUGCAUGCACCACCACCUCCUGAGACAAUAUGCUCCUCCUGUAAGGAAGUAUGCCUCCCUGUUAUCUCCAUCCAGUGCCCUGGUAAAUGGCGAGUGGGGAAGAAAGAGAAAGAAAAUACAUCUUGUUGCCUUGGAGGAGGAGCUAUUGUCACAGCUGCAAGUAUUCGAGCUGCCUAUUUCAUUUAACUACUAGAUGCAACCGAAUUUAAUACAGGUCAUGUUAGCAGUGGGCAACGCUAGGGUUUUUCCCGUUUCCUACCCAUUCCCCAAUACGGUGUCUGUUCAAUUGUGAAACCAACUAGGGGGUAAGCUAGUUUACAGGUUGAGUCUCCCGACCUUUUUCGUAGUCCCUAGGAAACUUCAGACACCUUCUAAAUAAUACCAAUAAUAACAAUGCGAGUUGCGCGCAGUCCAGAGCACAUUCUCUUCCGUGUUUUUUUUUUAAACGACCCUUCCUACUAGCCCACCUCUUUGCUAGACCUUUCGCUCCCCGCCUGCUUUCUGGCCGGCCUCGAGAAGCGCACUCCGCUCCCCGCCCGCCUGGUCGUACCGCGAGGGCGGCUGCGAAAGGGAGCGGCUACGCUUCUCUGGUCAAGGAGAGGCGCUUCAGGAAGCCGGCCGGGCACAACUCUUGAGGCGCGGCGGCGGGGCCCUUCUCAGCUCCUCCUUCCGAGUUUCAGGGUCUAUUUUGUGACGAGGAGAGCGGGGAAGUUCUGACACGGGCAGAAAAAGGGAGGCAGCGGCCGGCCGUGAAGUCGCCUCUGAGGCGCGACGAGAGGCUCUUCCAACGGCCUCGCGCAGACGCGCUUCUCAAGGUCCCGCCCCCACUCCCAACGGCCACUCGCUCCCAACCGCCUCUUCUAGGCUCUCGUUGCCGCGGUUACUGCGCUCAGCCAAACACGUCGCUAUUGCAGAACUCUCGCGACAACUCGCCGCUGAGAGACCCGCCCAUCAGAAUCAACCAAUAAAAGGGGCUGGUCUCUAUGACUACAUCACUCUGCGCCGGAUGUUUUGGGGAGGAGCGCCUCGCUGCCUUCUGUUUUCUCUUCUUUCUGUAUCUGCUUUCUGGACCUCAGGUAAAACCUCUUCUUCCUACUCCUGUUAAAACGUCUGCUUGAGAAAUAGUUAAACUGGCCCCCGCUGAACGGUCGAGGGUAGAGGCAUUAAUGGAGGACACCGGUGGUUCCCCAUUGAGGUUCUGUGCGGUUCAUGCCCACUCACCCUGAGGCCUGAAUGUCUGCCAGGAUGAUAGAAUCAUAUAAUUGCAUAGUUGGAAAAGACCAUGAGGGUCAUCUAGUCUAGCCCCUGUGAUUUGCAGGAAUCUUUUAGGCCAAUGUGGGGCUCGAACCCACGACCCUGAAAUCAAUAAUCUCUUUUCUUUUUGUUGUUGGUAUCAGUCUGUCUGGAGAUACAAUGGAGUGUGCCUCCAGGGGUGAAGUUAACUGCUGCGUUUGCAGCACUAAAGUGACCUCCCCAGGAUGCAAGCCUGGGCACUGUGAACGGAGGUUCUGGGCUUCCCCAUUCAAGACUCCACUCUUGGCCUCACUAGUGUGGUCCAGAGGAAAGCAGAGCUACUUAGGAAAGAACGUUGGAGAGGAAGACCAGCUUGAGUCUUCAGCUGUAUGAUCUAUGCUCUUUUUCAGACUUCAGCUGUAUGAUCUAUUCUCUUUUUCAGAAGGAAUAUCUUAAUCAUGUCUGGAAGCUUCUACUUUGUAAUUGUGGGUCACCAUGAUAAUCCAGUGUUUGAAAUGGAAUUUCUACCAGCUGGUAAAGUAGAGUCUAAGGUGCGAAUUUUUGUAUAAAUACUGAAUUUUUACAUAGUCAUGAUCAUGUCUAAGUCCAGAAAGCUGAUAGCUCAAGGUCUGUAUUAAUUUGAUGUCAAUAGUUGGUUUCUAAUUAAAUUUGCUGCCAUUGAAAAUGUUACUGCCCUUAUGUAGGGGUAGUGCCUAUGUAUCUGAUUGAUGCUUGAUUCCUCCCUCUUCCCUCCCCUCCAGCCCCACUUCAUCCCCCAAAUCAGGCUGAUUCAGCAUCCAGUCAUACACUGGGUUAACAUUUUAUGGAGGCAGAAAGAAUACUGUCUGUAUAUCUGAUGCAUUACUGGCCAAAUGUAUAUUACAUUUUGCAGUGCAUCACAGAAAGUUGUUUUAUGCCAUACUCAGUUUUGUUGUUUUUUUCAGGAUGACCAUCGCCAUCUCAAUCAGUUCAUAGCUCAUGCUGCUCUUGACCUAGUAGAUGAGAACAUGUGGCUGUCUAAUAAUAUGUACCUGAAGACUGUGGACAAGUUUAAUGAAUGGUUUGUUUCUGCUUUUGUCACAGCAGGACAUAUCCUUUUUUGCUGGAACCUCCAACCUGUGGGCAUGUCUUGGUCUGCCAAGGGGUCCAAUUUGCCAAGGGGUCCAAUUUCUACAAACCAUGUCCAUCAGCUGACAUCACUGAUGGUGUCCUACCUUGGCUGCAGGAUUCUGUUCCCAGUAGGGAACAAGAUGGCACAGCCAAGGAAGCAGGAUUUAAUCCCUGCUCAUCAACUGAAUUUGGAUCAAAGCCUUGUGCAAAAAUGUCCCUUGAAGUAGCUUUCAUUUACCAUACUUCAAAGAGCCUUUUGCAAAGACUUUAUGGCAGCUCCUACACUCCUCUUUGAGCCUUCUGGAGGCUCUUAAAGCCUUUUGCAAGUUUCAUCCCUCCCUCUUUCAGGCCCUGAUUUCAGAGGCUUAAAGGGGAAGCAGGGGAGACCUGGAAAAGGCUUUGCGAGUCUCCCCUUUUAAGCCAAUAAGUAAGGCAGAUAAUGAUAAGGAAUUGGCUGUAAUCAAAAUAGGUUCCCCACCUGUUUUAGAGCAUUUUUUGUUGUUCUGUAGUUAAUAAAAGGGAUAAAUGGAUAUGAUUGAUUUUGAGCUAAUGCAGAACCAGAGUGUAUUCAUUUGAGAAUGGGAGGCAACUAUGAACUGAAAUACAUGGUGCCAUCUGGAGAGGAUUAAACAUUGCUUUUGGGUCACACAAGCGGCCCUUCAAUUUGUACCCAAUGGAAGUAUGAUUUCAUAUUUCCAAAUGUUAUUGCUCACUUGCUUAGGCCAUCUUGACCCGCUCAUACAAGGUGCACUUGGCUGAUGUCUGCCAUCUGUUUCACAUACUACAAAUCUAGGCAAUUCCCUUUUAGUUCAGGAAUCAAAUUAGGGGACCCUCAGGUCUAGUCCGACUUAGUACCUUUAUCUCUAUAUUGUACUUGCAGUCGUCUGUCUUCAUGCUGAUAACCUAGUGUGCAUGCCUGAGAAAAGCAAGUGGCAGCCCAGGUAGGGCUACUGGCAGGAGUGGGGGUGGGGGUCUUUCUUCACGUUUAUCCACACAUACCUGCUGCCCCCAAUAAGUGACAGGGAGUACAGGGUGUGACUGGGGGCAAGCUGUGAGAGGAAGGAAAAGAUCAGGGAUAAAGGAAGGGUGGUUGGUAAAACCCCUAGGCACCCCCUAGUGUUAAAAAAGUGGUUAUUUCCUUAAUUUGUUCUACAUAUGAGAUUUAUAAUGCUUCAUGAUGUAAGGCAAGAAGAUGGAAUCAAAAACUUCUUUAGUGAUGUCUAUGACUUGUAUAUAAAGGUAAGUAUCCAUAACAGAGGUAGCUAGCAUUGUGCCCUCUGGCUGUUGUUGAACUACAGCUCCCAUUAGUGCAAGACACCAGAGGUAAUGGUCAGGGAUGAUGGGAGUUGUAACCCAGCAACAGCUGGAGAGCCCUAUAUCUUCCCUCAUUGAUCAACUCUUAUCUGUGCUAAUACAGUGGUACCUUGGUUUAAGAACCGCCCUGUUUACGAACUAUAUGGUUUACGAACUCCACAAAACCGGAAGUAGUGUUUUACGAAGUUUACCUCAGUCUAAGAAUGGAAUCCGAACAGUGGAAGGGCACCGGCAGCGGGAGGCCUCAUUAGGGAAAGCGCGCCUCAGUUUAAGAACGGUUUCGGUUUAAGAAUGGACUUCCAGAAAUGAUUAAGUUCGUAAACCUUGGUACCACUGUAUAGGAAGCUAUGCAGUAUUAAUAUUGGGAAUUUUGGUCUGGAAAAGGCACCCUAUCUUAUUCAGUUUUCACCUAGAGGAGGUUAAUUAGCAGUCAAGUCUAUGAACAGAACCGCAUUUAGAAGGAAGUGUAAAUUGCUGUUUAGCAUGUUUCUAUUAUAAAGGAUGACAUAUUUAGGCUUAUGUUACAAGGACUCCCCCCUGCCUCGCCCCCAAAGUGAUGGAAAGGAAGAUUCCACAGCACAGGUAUAACAAGUUGUGUUGACAAUACAGGAAAGCAAGCUGGACUGCUUCUGAAAUGAGUCAGUGACUCAUGCUAGGAAGCAACAUGUGUCAUAGGAGGGAAGGAGUUGUACGCACACCCCUUCUUUCCUGCCAGGUUUUCACAGUAGAAACAAAUGAUCUGCACUUGCUUUGCUUUUCAGGAACAAGAAGCAAAGAAAUUUGGCCCUGCCUCCUCAUUCAAGGACAGAAAUAAUAUGAUAGCUCACUUUGUACAUUGCAUUAAACUAUGACUUGUGAAUGCACACCAUGCUAGUCCAUGCUGCUGAAAAGCUUAGAUUGCGCUCAUGGUUUGUUUGGAAAGAAACAGGCCUAGGUUCAGAUAUCAAAUGGUGGCACAGAAGCAGGGGAGAAGCGGAGAACUCUGUAGCAGCAUGCUACACCAUAGUUUGUUUUAAACUAUGGUUUAAUAUGAAGUACAAACUAGGGCGGUAUCAGACAGCUACGUAUGGCUAGAAUAGUCAUGUAGAUCCUGACAUUAACCUAUUGUCUAAAAAGUAUUUGGAGAUGGUUGAUCAUAGUGGGAAAUAACAGUUGUGCCCACCUGUAGUAGAGAUUUUUGUUUGCAUAGUGGGACUUCUCUCACUAGCCCCUGUGUACACCAAAAUCUGCUUCAGGGUUUGGGGAAUCCUGUGAAGAUUUUGGAGAUACUCAGUUGGAAGAUGAAAUACCCUCAUGCAGUGUUGAAUUUUCCUUUUCUAAAAAAAAACCUCAUCAACUGAAUAGUCAUAUUUACCUAAUUCACAAGCAACACUAAACAAAAACCAUUCUCUUGUUGUGCGCUAAGCCAUGGUUUGGCAUAGCAUGUCCAAACCUGGGCUCAUGGUUUGUCUUGCUCCAGACAAACCAUGAGCUGUAAGCAAAGAGCAAUACUUUGCAGUUUGUCUAGAGCAAGAUAAAUCACAAGACUGGAUUCAGAUAACAUACUAAACCAAACUAUGGCCUAGCUCACAGCAGCAGGAAUGGCAGAGGAGCAAAGUGGCUGUAAUUUGGCUUAGCUGUAUGUGGUUCAGCCUAGACCUUUUUUGGCAUGUCUUAAUUACUAAUAUGUUCUCACUAUGUUAAUUUCUUUCCUCAGUUUGCGAUGAAUCCAUUUUAUGAACAGAAUUCCCAGAUUCGAUCAACUGCAUUUGACAGAAAAGUCCAGUUUCUUGGGAAAAAGCAUCUUUUAAGUUGAGUUACUAUAACUGUAUUAGAACCUAAAUAGCCUGCUGUAUAUCUGACAUUUCUGAACCUAUAAAGGCUAAUCUAUAUUUUAAAAAAACAAACCACUUAAGGCUAUCUAUUACCUUGUAUGAAAACCAAUUUCAGGAGCCUAACAGAUGUCUUUAUUAUAGGUGAUCACUCUAGCUAUAAAACAUUUGUAUAUAUCAAAAUUAAUUUUAAAAAUUAAAUAUUUAAAGCAGCACCUCCACUAGCUUGGCAAAAGGUUAAAUGAAGAACCUAGUUUUUUUUUAAUAACUAAAGCAAGCCAGACCUCAGGAUUUUUUGAUCAGUGUGAAAGCAUUCAGUUCAGGGCUAUGUCAGUAUUAAGACUAACCAGAUACCAGAAUGGUGUGUUGAAAUGAAAAAGGUAUGGAUAGCAGAACAGAAACACAACUACCCUGAAACACAUAGUUACAAGUGAAUCACCUCAGUUCAACUUGCUACCAUUUUAUUGGAAUAAUUGAGCACAUAGUUGGGCAGAAACACACUAUUUGCUUACAAGUGACUUCAUUAUCACGUGCACAUGUGAAUGAAGCAACAGGAUGCAAAAAGGGCGAUGUGUUUUGCCUGUAAAACUUAUUUGUAGUAACUUGCUGCUCCUCAAGUUUUUACUCAAAGUAUUAACACCAAGCAACUAAACUGAAAUUUAAAAGGUCAGAACUAAAUCCCACUACUUUGUUUUCUAUAAUACUUAUUAUAUUGGGAACAAUCCAAUCAGGUUAAGCACUAUCCAGUCCUAUUCUAGGUAGAUUGAAUAGCCUGUAUUCUUAAUCCUCUAACUUUGACAUCAGUGAUGUGUACUGUAUAUGAAAGACCAUAUAGCCUUAGCCUGGAAAAGAGUAAGGAAGAAAGCCAAAAACAUCUAUAGGUAGUCUGGUUCUCAAUAAAGCCUUGCAUUAAAUAACUCAUUUAUAUGUUUUACUAAAGAAUUUGCUUAAGCCUAUUGAAGUUUCAUUGUGCUACAUUCCUACUGAGGGGUUACGUUUCACGACAAACAUACUGAAGUAAUAGGAUAACAUAUGUGAUGUUUGAUUCAUUUGCAGAGAUUCUGAAUUAACAUUCCAAAUAAAAUGUAAAUUUAUAAUAUUAUAUGCAUUGAUGCUCUCUGAAUGGGUCAUUAAGUCUUUCAGUUCAUUAAACUAUUCUGAUAUUAACUGCUGCCCUGGGUAUGUUGUAAUUUAACAGGAGGAAGUAUUCAGCAGUACAAACAGAGUAUGCUGUGUCUUUAACCAUUUAGAUCUCUUUUCUUUAGUAUAUGUAGAAAAAGCCUUGGAUAACUAGCACAAGUCAUAAUACUUCAGAGCUCUCUGAAUUACAGUGGUGCCCCGCAAGACGAACGCCUCGCAAGACGGAAAACCCG